AUGAAUUCCCUCGCUGCCAUCGCUGUCCUCCUCGCCCUGCCGCGAGUGACGGCCCAGUGCGCGCCCGGCACCGUCGCGUUCUCCGAGCACGUGAUCACGACGCUGGCCGACGACGGCCAGUCCGUCUUCGCCGUCGACGUCGACGGCGACGGCGACGCGGACAUCCUCACGGCGUCGAACUACGACGACACGGUCGCGUGGUACGAGAACGACGGGUCCCAGUCCUUCGCGGAGAACGUCCUGACCAACUCGGCGAACGGCGCCAACUUUGUCUUCGCCGCGGACGUCGACGGCGACGCGGACGUGGACGUGCUCGCCUCCGCGGGCCAGGACAACUCCGUGACGUGGUUCGAGAACGACGGCUCCGGCGGGUUCACCGGGAACGAGAUCACGGCCAGCGAUACCUUCGUGACCUACGUCUUCGCGGCGGACGUCGACGGGGACGGGGACGUGGACGUCCUGUCGGCGGCCUACUCGGGCGAGACGGUCAAGUGGUUCGAGAACGACGGGUCCGAGGGCUUCACGGAGCACACGAUCGCGUCGUCGAAGGCCGGGUCCAAGUGCGCGUUCGCGAUCGACGUCGACGGCGACGGCGACGUGGACGUCAUCGGAGCGACGCGGGUCCCGAGCGGGACGGGCGCGGCGACGUGGUACGAGAACGACGGGUCCGAGGGCUUCACGGAGCACGACAUCGACUCGGGGUACAACCUGAACCCGACGCCCGUCUUCGCGACGGACGUCGACGGCGACGGCGACGUGGACGUGCUCGGGGGCUCCGAGGGCAGCGACCAGGUCAAGUGGUACGAGAACGACGGGGCCGAGUCCUUCACGGCCCACGUCAUCACCGACUCCGCGGACGCGGUCCACACGGUGCGCGCGGAGGACAUCGACGGCGACGGAGACGUGGACGCGGUCUCCGGCAGCUACAGCGCCAAGGAAGUCGCCUGGUACGAGAACGACGGGUCCCAGUCCUUCACCAAGGCGACCAUCGUCUCCGGCGACUCCUUCGACGGGGCGCGGCCCGUGUUCACGAUCGACGUCGACGGGGACGGGGACGUGGACGUCGUCGCCAUGGCCGCGCUCGUCGACACCGCGUCCUGGUUCGAGAACGGGUGCGCCGGACCCACGGCCGCGCCGACCGCGACUCCGACGCCCAAGGCCACGACCUUCUGCACGAGCGUCGCGUUCUCCGAGCGGAUCAUCACGACGCUCGCAGACGGCACUCGCUCGCUCUACGCGGUCGACGUCGACGGCGACGGCGACGUCGACGUGCUGUCGGCGUCCGAGAAUGACGACACGGUCGCGUGGUACGAGAGCGACGGCUCCCAGUCCUUCACGGAGCGCAUCAUCACGAAUUCCGCGGAUGGCUCCCGCUCCGUCUUCGCGAUCGACGUCGACGGCGACGGCAGUAUCGACGCGCUGUCCGCGGACUCCGGCGACGACACCGUCGCGUGGUACGAGAACGACGGGUCCCAGUCCUUUACUGAGCGCAUCGUCACGACGCUGGCGGACAACGUCUACUCCGUCUACGCGAUCGACCUGGACGGUGACGGCGACGUCGACGCGCUCUCGGCGUCCUACACCGACGACACGGUCGCGUGGUACGAGAACAACGGGGCCCAGGCCUUCACCGAGCGCGUCAUUACGACCCUCGCGGACUCCGGGGGCAGACUCUCGGCGCUUCCCGAGGGCGGCGCGCGCCGGGGCGGCACCGGCGAGGCCGUGGGCAUGAUCCUCGUCGUCCUCUUCUGCGUCGUGGUGUACGGCGCGAUCCAGGGCGUCGUCGCCGUCUACGCGAGGGCCGCGCGCUGCUGCCACGUCCGCAUGCCGAAGUCGCGCGAUAAGCGCGAGUUUCUCUCCGCGGCUCGCGCCGUCUUCGACAUCAUCGACGUCGACGGCAACGGCUCCCUCGACCGCGCCGAGAUCGUCGCCCGCGUCGCGCGCCCGGAGGUCCGCGCGUUCCUCGAGGACAGCGGCGACGAGACCCUCCAGGGCCUCCUCUGGCCCGGGCGGCUCGAGGCCGCCCUCGGCGCGCUGGACACGAACAGCGACGGCAAGAUAGACGCGCGGGAGUGGGGGUCCGCCAUCGAAGUCGCGCUCGCGAAGACCUUCGGCGACGGCGGCGGCGAGCGCGGCGACGGCGACGUCGUCCUCGCGCCCGCCGCGGUCGACCGCGCGCCGCGCGCCGACGCGUGGACCUUCGACGAGAGCGCCCGCGUCCCGGCCGUCGAUAUCGACUCGGCGGGGAGCGCCGUGGCCGACUUCAACGCCGCCGAGGACGCGUCGUCGCCGGUCCCCCUCGCGCUCGACGAAGGCGCGCCGGAGGCGACGCCGCCGGCGUCGCCGGGAAUCCUCGUCAUCCGAGCCGACGACCCGAGCCCCGAGUCCGAGUGA